UCCGCUGCAAAGAAUUUAUUUUGUCUCUAUGUUAAUUUGAACCAACGAGAUAAUUGAUAUAGAGGCUUAUAGAAUUUAUUUCUCAGAAUUUUCAGAAUAUUAUAAUGUUGUAAUUUCUGACCAAAGUUGAUAUUGCAAUAUUAUAAUUUUGUUCAGAAUUUUUUGUAUACAUUAUAUCUUUCUCUGCCCAACGGUGAUUUAGAUUUAAUGUACAGAUUAUUGCAUGUUUUAAUUUUGACCAACGUUAAAUUGAUACAUGCAUUUAUUGUUGUCCUCACAAAUUUUGAAUUCAAAUUUCAGGCUCCAAUGCUAUGACUUAUGUGAAUGCCAUUCCUGAAUUGGAUGGCAACAACUAUGGGAAAUGGUACUAGAAAUUGGAGAUAGCUCUGGCGAUGGCCAAUAUAGAUUUGGCCAUCACAACGCCAGCUCCACAAGAACCAGAAAAGCCCGUAAGGGCACAGAAUGAAGAAGCUGCUGCUUGGGCUAUCCGAGAGAAGAAUUAUGACUCUGCUAUGACCAGAUAUGAUGCUGAAAAGACACGUUGGAAUGAUUCCAACCGCAAGUGUCUUAUGGUCAUGAAGGGUUCCACUUCAGAUGCCAUCAAGAUGGCGAUCCCAGAUUGUGACACCGCUUCAGAAUAUUUAGCAAAGGUGAAGAGUCAGUUUACUGGUUCUUCCAAGGCUUAUGCUGCCAUUCUUGCUGAGCAGCUUAUCACUAAGAAAUACACUGGCGGUGGCAUCAGAGAACAUAUCUUAGAAAUGAGUCACAUGGCCAACAAGCUUAAGACAAUGGACAUGUCUUUGCCAGAAAAGUUUAUUGUUCAGCUGGUCUUCAAGUCCCUACCAAAGGCGUUUGAGGCAUUUCAUGUCAACUAUAACGCUUUUCCAGAAGAUUGGGGUAUUGACAAGCUGAUUGGCAUGUGUGUUCAAGAAGAAGAUCGCCUUAAGAACUCCAAUAGUGGUGAGCUUGCUUUUCAAGUUCAAUACAAGAAAAAGAAUUUUCAGAAUAAGAACUUCCAGCAUAACAAGAGACCUUUCCCACCAGGCAAGAAUCAGCAUGAGAGUGGUCCUUCCAGACCACCUCCUCAGAAAGACUGGGAAAAUUUUCCAGUUGAAUAAGACCAGUGCCUGAAGUGCAAAAAGAGAGGUCACUACAAGAGGGACUGCCCAGAAUUCCUGAAAGAGUUGUUAAGAAAGGGGAUCAAGUAUGAGGAGGACCCUGCCAAGAGGCGCAAGAAGAAUUAAAGUUGCAAACGGUGUAGAAGCUGAAGUCGAAGCCAUUGCAGAAUUUCAUUUAGAAUUACAUAGUGGCUUUGUACUUUGUUUGAGAGAUGUUCUUUAUGUACCGUCUUUGCAACGAAACUUAAUAAGUGUGUCUAAAUUAGAUGAUGACGCUAUUGCUUGUCAUUUUGGUGAUGGCAAGUGUAAGAUACAAGUUAAUUCAGAAUGUGUUGGUCUUGCCUUCCGACAAGACAAAUUAUAUUUGCUUUCAUUA